AUGAGUCUAAUGGACCCUGGCAUACUCUCAAAAACACCCUAUCUCGAUGCAGUCUCCGCGUCACUACCCUCAGUCUUAAGUGACCUCUUGAUAACCUUCGACAUCUUCUCACGCGAGAGGCUCGAUACGCUCGUUCGAUUCUGUGCAGGCGGUGUAUGUCCUCCGCGAAUUGCUGGGCAUGCAAAUGCAUGGCAGAGUGGGCAAACGCGGUUACAGGCGCGGUUAGCGCAGAUCGAGCCGUCGACGGGCGAGAAGCGUGUUCGUAGUAGUAUGGAGGAGGAUGGCGUUAAUGGAGAUUAUGGGUCAUUGGCGAAUGGUGGAAGUGGAGGCUCAGCAAGUAAAAAACCAAAGUUGGCGUUAGGAGCAGAUGAUGGGAUGGCUGAUACAGAGGCACUUUACACGCUACACUCCCUUUCGAUAUCUGCGCCCGUUCGAAAGAAAGUGGAUAUAUCAAUCACACAAGAAGCGAUACGCCUAACGAAUCCAUCUACCGGAUCUCUCGAGGCUCGCAUUCCCUUAACGACUCUCAAGCGCGCUUUUCUGAUCUCCAACCUCGCAAAGAACAAGAACAAAGAGCAAUGGGCUGUGACGCUCAUUUCAGCCGAUACGUAUGACAAAAAAGCUGACGCGGCUAGUCAAGUGCAGUUGACGUUCAACGUUGAUAAGACGGUUCCUGGCGGGAAAGAUGGGCUCAAAACAACAUCUGGUGCUGGUGCCGUGCAGGUGUCACAUCCAAAGGGUGCCGAUACCCUACCAAUACUACGAGAAUUCCUCUCCCAUCUCCCCUCACAAAUCGAACUCCACAUCGCCGAGAAGAAGAACUCGCACUCUCAAGCAUUCAAGUCAAGUUCAGGCGAACCGUACGUAGACGCAUACCUCGGCGCAAAGGAAGGUUCACUCUGUUUCUUACCGAGAGGGAUAUUAUGGGCGAACGCUCGUCCGUGUGGGUUUUAUGCACUUGAGGAUUUGGCGAUGGAUAGUGAGGUACCGGGGUUGGGAGGUGUGAAGACUUUGAGUGCGACGGGGAGGACGUUUUCUGUGUUUAUUCGGCGACGGGUUACUUCACUUUCACUUUCACUCGACUCGGAUGCGAAUGUGAUUGGGGAAGGAGUAGGGAGUGAUUAUGGUGAAGCGGAGGAGGAAGAGGAAGAAGAAUGCGAAGAAAUAGAGUUCGCGAUGAUCGAUGGCCGUGAACAGGAGAACGUUAAUUUGUGGAUACGCAAAUAUAAACACUACUUUGGGAAACCUCGCGAGACCUCGAAACAGACGCAGAUUCCAUUCACAGGUACCUCUUCGAAAGGUGUGGAUGUGAAAGGUAAAGGUAAAGGUAAAGGCAAAGCGCGCGUCGACCUACAGGAAGAAGUCGUCCCAGUGGCGAACGAUGAUGGAGAGAGCGACGCAAGCGACGAAGAUUACUCUGCACCAAGCGAUUCAGAUGGGGGCGAACCGACGAGCGAAAGUGAUAACGAUAGCGGGGUGGAUGAAGCGGGUGAACAGGGGGAUGACGAAGAGGAGGAAGCCGAAGAGGAAGCUGAUCUAUCCGGCGAAGAUGAGAAUGAGGAGGCGGAGGAUGAGGAUGAAGAGACGGAAGAAAUGGACCUCGACCCAGCAAGACACCUGCUCCUGAGACCAGGCGCCAUGCCACUGAGGAUGAGUAAAGCAGCUAUGGAAGCUGCUGUUGCGAUGGUUACGCAGGACUUGGCUGGGUCGGGUGUGGAGGAUGAGGAUGAAGAGGACGAGGAGGAGGUUGAUCAGCUUGAAUGA